AUGGCGGCGGCGGCGGCCUUGUUUUCUCUGGUAACCAGGCGCGAGAUCCGCGACCUGACGGAGAGGGACAGGGAAGCGUUUCUCGACGCCAUGCAGAUCUGGUACACCGUCCCGACUGACGUGGGCAAAGCCAGAUACGGGCCGAGCUUCAGCAACUACCAAGCUAUCACUGCAUACCACAACGCCGACGUCGAAAACUUUUGCUACCACAUCGGGCUGCAGUUCUUGACGAGCCACGCGGCCUUCGACCUCACCAUGGAGCGCUACCUUCAGAUGAUCGACCCCAGCGUUUCGCUUCCGAUGUGGGAUUUCAUGACCGACUCCGCCUCCUUGGGGCACGAGUGGUACAACAGCGUCGUCUUCGACAACGACUGGUUCGGCUCCGCUUUCGGAUCCCCGGAGAACGGCUACGCGAUCUCCGAGAGCCGCUUCGGCAACGUCUCCACGAUUUUCGACCCGGACGGGACGCUGGUGGACAGCAGGAUAGGCCCUUACCACAACGCCUACGGCUACGUGACCUCGGCCUACAACUACCAGGAUCUCCCGAGAAUGUCCCGCACCAGCUCGUUCUGCGGCUUGCCUUCGCACGCGGUUCUCUCGACGGCCGAGACGUUCGUGGAAUGCUUCGACGGCGGUCACACCACGCUGUCUGGCUGGGAGUCCUGCAUGGAGACCAUGGUACGUACGUAA